AUGGACUCGGCGAGGGUGAAGCUGAGCGCUAGGUCUUCUACCUCUAAGCUUCCUAAUUGCCCCCUUUGGCUCUUCUGGUACCCCAUUUUUAUUCUCCUGGCCUCGCCAUUUGUCGACAACAACUAUACCGUUACCGCGUGGGACAGUGCUCUCGAGCCCGUCACCCGUCGUCCCCGUCCCCCGUCCCCCGUCCCCGUUCCCCGUCCCCCGUCCCCGUUCCCCGUCCCCCGUCCCCAUCCCGUCUCCAUAGACGGUAUCAAGAACUACUUCCGACACCCAUCUGAAUCGCCCGCCUCUCCUGCCCUGUCGAGCGCCUCCACCGCCCAAGGCGAAGCUUCCCCCGAGCUUCCGCCCUUGCCUGUCCCCAGACUUCCUCUCCGGGUUCAGGGUCUUCUGAGAACUCCGCCCACCAUCUCCGUGAACGGAGACGAAGACGACGGAAGCCGCUGGGGCUCUCCCUACCCCCCAAACCUGCGAACCGAGAGUUCGAGCAGUGACGACGACGACUCCGAAUCCGAGGGAGAUCCCAUUCAUUCCCUAGCGCUCCAAACUCGCUUUCUGCGACCCGCCCCGCCCACUCAACAAGACACCCCGUCCGAGUCUCGGUCAUCCCUCAUCAGCGGAGCCGCAAGCGUCCUCGCCACUCGCGCAAGACGCCUGGUACACGGAAUCACAGAGGACUGGAUCCGUCAGCAUACAGCGCACGGUAGCGAGCGGGAGAAGCUACAUUGGUUUAGCGACGGCACUGGCGAUAGUGAGAACUCUUCACUGAGCGACUCAUUUUCCGGUGACGAAGACGCCGCUUGGCUAGGAGACCACCUUCUUACCCCCAGGGCGGAUCGUCGGCGAAGCAGCAGGCGAAGCAGUAGACAGCGCCAGGAAUCACAGGGCGCCCUCAAGAAGCAGUCGAGCACCGAUACUCUAAGACAGUCCCGCCUGGUCAGCAGACAGGCAAGCAGAUCCAACAUGGCGUCCCCGAACGAAAGGGCAUCGCAGCCCGACGUCACUACGGCGAGUGACCGUGCACCCUCAGUCUCUCCAUUUCCCGAACGAACAUCCUCCAUUAGCCAGCCGGUUAGCGCAACAAAGCCCGAAGAUGCUUCCAGCAUAAACGGCCUAAAAGGAGAGUCUGCCGCAGCUCCUUCCACACCGUCGAAACCCGCACCCAAACGUACCUCUACCCUCGUCGCAUCGCCUCGAAUGAAGAAAAAGGUCCCAUGGAAGGGUAAGAGCGUCAUGAUCCUUAUUCCCAAGGACGACGAGCGUGGGCAACCGGGCAAGGCUCCAAUCCCUCUCUCCGAAUCCGAGGUUCGGGAAAGGAUGAGGAGUUGGCAACAGCAGGGUCAUGAUAUCAGCGGCUUUGAUCUGGAGCCGUCAAAGACCGCGAUUGAUAAGUCCAUUUCGCAAAGUAGAGGAUCCUGGCCCGAUUUCGAUGAUUUAAUACAGGAGCGACAGGAAAGAAGCUGGAAAGUGCUUCUUCCCGACUUGAAUGGUAAGAUCCCGCCCUGCUACAUCUUGACCUCUGAAGGUAUGCCUAACAUCCGCCAUCUAGCUUGGAAGAGAUACGUGGACGAGUUGACCGAAGCGAAGCUCAGAGCUCUGGGAGUAUCCCUUGGGGACGACGAGCCCCCACAGCCUUCGGUUUCUCCGUCCACAUCCAUGAGCCGACAGCCUUCGGUUGCCAACUACCCUCCGCUCCCCUUCUCACCUCCGCUGCCGACUUCUUCGGCCGCCAGUGGAGCUGGUCUCCCGGGCUUUCCUUUCCAUCAUGGUCUUGGGCCAUCGCCUACCAGCCCAGGUCUCCCUGCCGGCAUGUCGCCUGCCUCGUUUACAUCCAAGUAUAAUCCUCGGGCUUCGAUAUCGAUCCCAUCUCCACAUGCCUGGUCUCAGCAGAUGAUGAUGCAACAACAUGGACACCGCAUGGGUUCACCCUCGCUUGCUAACCUCAACGCGAUGAUGUCUCCCAGCUCACCAUUCUCACCAGACGGUGGUCUCUUUAGUCCCAUGGGCCAUAUGGGCCAUAUGAGCCAUCAGCGCCAUCAGUCUUUGCAGUUACCCAUGUUCCAGCAUCAGCCUCAGCAUCAGCUCCAGCAUCAGCUCCAGCAUCAGUUUGCGCCGCCCCCACGAGCAUCGUCGCGCUUGCAAGAUCUUUCCGAAAUCGCCGAAGAAGAACCAGCUCAAGAUCCCGUGCGCGCUCCCGAAGCCGGUCUCCCCCAUCACAUUCCAGGCGAUGAUUUGCAAAGGGAAAUUGAUGAAGCUGAAUACCAUUUGGAAGAACAGAUGCGCUCGCAGCUCGAAAACGACCAAGAUUACAGCCCGCACAGAGAGGAACAUACCAUCCCGCCGGUUAACCCCCAUGCCAGAGACUCGUCAGUUCACUUCGCUCCCCAGCAACCUCAAUUUGGUGCUAGUUCGGACGGCCUUGUCUUGCAUCAUCCGAGACCGCACAGUCGCGGACACUCGCUGUCGCAAAAAGUCUUUACCGAAGAGGACAUCUCUAAUAGUGGAGGUGGUUUUAGGCCUACUCUGCAGCCGAUUGACGGACUGGCUGCUGAAGACGACGAGAUCGAGACGAAUCCAAGCAACCUAGGAACCCCCAUCCAAGCGCUCGAGUUCCAGAAAAUGAUGCAUCAACAUACACUAUCUAAUGCUAGUAGCUCCUGGAGCGCAGGGAAGCCUGCGGUUGGCCCCGUCCCUAAGCAUGCCAGCCAUGGCAGCAAGUCUUCGUUGUCCAAGUUGAACGUGGAAGCGCCCGAGUUCAAGUUUAACCCCAACAGCACUUUCACACCGCAGUUUACCCCCCAAGUCGCCACGUUCUCUGCCGCCACCAGUCACUUCGCUGCAUCAGCACCUACGACUGGCGCUAUCAACCCGACUGCGUCUGUGUUCUCCCCGACUCAGAGCGAGUUUGGCCUCAAGUUCCGCCCGGAUGCGCCUGCAUUCACUCCUAAUUCGUUUGCAACGCCGGCCGCAAAUCCCGUGGUGGAAAGCGAUGCCAAGCCUGAAAGCUCGGUUGUUGGCGCCGAGGAACUGGAGAAGGCCGAAAUUGUUUUGCCCGUUAAGGAAAGCAAGGCUGUUCCGAUCUUGCCCCCAGAUGAAGAGGUGCAAGGAGAAGAGAGCAAAGAUGAGGUGGAGGGACAACUUGACGGUGUUGUCUUUUCCAAAUUGGAUCAUCACAAUGUUGAACUGGACAGUGUGGCUCCUGCGGCGUCGGAAACCGCUGAAAGUUCUACUCCUGUGGCUGAGUCUAGGCCAGACAAGGACGAGGAUGAAGACCUGCCGAUUGAGGAGAAGUCAUUCGACGAGUCCACUCAUGGUCACCCUGACAUGACUCUGUCUUCGACUAUGGCUUCUGAGACGACAGAUACCCAGGCGACGGUGAGCCCGUCAGAGCAGGCUGCGGAUCCCAUGUCUUUGAACUGGACUGUCUCAGAGCUCAAGGAUCCUAACCCCUUCAGUGACGAUGCCGCUACUCAUCAUGGCCACAAGAAGUCUCUCUCUGCGACUGCCUCGGCGUUUGUGCCCGGGAUCUCGACAUGGCCAACGGAAGUCGCAGAUGUCGCUACUGGCUCUUCUCAGCAACCACCUCAGCAGACGCCUGUUGUAGAGGUUGCAGAGGCAGAGCAGCAUAUUGAGAAGGUAGCUGCAGAGCCUGAAGUGGUUACUGUGCCACCGAAGCCUACCAAGGGCCUUGCUGCUUCUCGAUGGGCUCCUAAACCACCGCCGCCCCGGCGCGAAGGGUCCAAGAAGGAGGAGAGUACUGCAGCGGCCGCAGAACCCAGCUUUGACGACAUUGAUGCGGUCAUGCGCCACCUCAGUGCUAACCCAGAUAUGGGUAUCAACAAGCCCGCCGGUAGUCAGACUCAGACUCAGUGGCACCAGCCUAGCCCGACUCGCCCCAUUCCUUUGGAGGCAGUUACGAACUCGUCGCCUUACCAUCAAGUGGAAGAUAACUCUCGUAGUCCUAGCCCGAAUCCGCGCGAGUACACCGGUCUUCCUCUUCAGCCGUCACAGCCAAUUCCCACAACCGAGCUGGAGGACCCCUUCCUCGACCCUCCCACCAGUGCGCAGUUCAUUGAGGGGCCUGUCCACCGCCUCAAUGGCAGUGAUGACGUGCCAGUUAGCGACUGGAACGGCGCUUUCACUGAGGAUGAGCAGGAAAAGCUGGAGUCCCGUGUCACUUUCUUCAAUGGGCAGGUCAAUGAUGUUGUUGGCGGUAUCCUGGAUAGCCGUCUUGGCCCACUGGAACAGACUCUUGAUACCAUUAAGCACUCUCUGGCUGCUAUCUCGAGGAGAGCUGUUUCGAACCGCCGAGACGUGCGCAGCGCCUCUGCCGAAGUCCGCGAUAGCGACGCCGAUGACGAGGAUGAUGAUCUGCCUACUACUCGCCGUUCCAUCAGCCCGCGUAGGGACCGUAAGAUGGAGCAAAUCAAGGCUGCUGUUAUGGAAGCCCUCGCUUCUCAGCAGAGAACCAGGCCAACGUCCUCCUCUGCCAAGUCGACUCUUGGCGACCGCCCUGACGUCCUUCAGGCCCUCGAGGAGCUGAAGGCUCAGAUCACUCAGCCAAGGGUCUCCUCGAUCGACAACGAAGACAUCAAGAAGAUUGUUGAAGAAGUGGUGCAUAACCGCCUUGAGCCUGCAGUGGAUGAAGCCAAGGAGGCCAAGGUCACUGACCUUCAGGCUCGCGUACUGGAGCUCGAGGAGCGACUCCGCUCUCAGGAGGCCAAGGUGGAGACGGAGAUUGCGGCCAGGCGCGCUGCUGAGGACCGUGCGUCGGAUCUCACCCGUGAGAUCCAGUCUGCUGCGACCAAGAUUGAGGUCGAGAUGAUGAACAAGAGCGCCCUGAACCAGCGGAUCGCCGACCUUGAGGAACGUUCCCAGCAGUUCGAAGGACAGGCUGAGAAGGAGCAGAAGGGCCGGAGAGCUGCCGAAGACAAGCUUGCCGAAGUCCAACGCCAACUGAAGCUCACCACAGAGGAAGAGAGCCGCCUCAAGAAGGAGGUCGACGAGAAGGACCAUAAGAUCAAGGCCAUCGAGGCCGCUAACAAUAAGGUUGCCAUGCGCUUGACCCAAUUGGAAGCCGGCACCGAGAACACUCAAAAGUCUAGGAGCGAAGCGCAGAAUCGGAUCAACAUGCUGGAUAACGAUCUUCGGACUGCUCGGCAAGAAGCUCGGCACUGGCGGUCUGAGGCUGAUAGAGUCAGCGAGCUUGCCAAGCGUCGUGAUGCUGAUCUUACCAAGGCUCUUGACGAGAACAAGGUUUUGCAUAAGCUGAUCGAUACCCUUGGUACUCAGGUCCAUGAGAACGAGCGCGUCCGUGACAGCUGGCGCACCAAGUUCCUUGCCCUUCAGGAUGAGAUGGCUAACGCUGCUCGGCAAAUCACCGAGGAGAACGCCAGGCGCACCAAGAGGGAGCAGACGUUGAUUGCCCGCCAGGAGGUCCUGGAUGCUAAGCUGCAGGCCGAGGCCAGAACUCGUGAACGGAUCGAGACCGAGCUGGAGAGGCUGGAGAUGAACGAGCGGCAGGGCAUGAGGGCUGUUGCGGAGUGCAAGAGACUUGAGCAGUUGCUUGCGGAGAUGCGCACUGAGAACCAUAAGUUGCAGCAGAGCGCUUUGCGGUUCAAGUCUGAGUUCCAGGAAGCUAGGGAGUCCGCUGCUCGCGAGAUUACGCGUACCCGCAACGCCAUGCACGCAGAGGUUGAGCAAGCCAACCACCAAGUUAAUGCUGUCCGCAGGGAGCUUGAAGAUGAGCUUAACAGACUCAGAUCCCAGAUGGACCAGGUUAAGUUGGACGCCGACACAGCCAAGGCUCAGCACGACAUGCUCCUUGAGGAGGCUCAGAACUCGAAGAAGACGGAGCUUGAUGAGCUCAUGCGCAAGCAUCAGAACGAGGUGGAGGAUCUUCAAGCCCGCUAUGAGCGUCAACUCAGCAACACCACUGAGGACGCCCAACGGACGGAGAAGAACCUCUUGGAUCGCUUGAGCAUCGAGACAUCCAAGGCCCAGCAUCUCCAGGACAAGCUGUUGCAUGUCGAGGAGAAGCUGGAGAUUGCCAAGGAAGCUGCCCGUGCCGCCGCCCAAGCGGCCAAGGCUUCUGUGGCCGGUACUUUUGAGGCUCCCGCCGUGUCCAAGUCCGCCUCCAACGAUGUCCAGCCUUCCGAGAGAAUCUCGCCCCAAGCCCUCCGCGAGUCCAUCAUGGUUCUCCAGGAGCAGCUCCAAGCCCGCGAGCUUCGCAUCGAGGAACUCGAGCAGCAACUCGAGAAGGUCGAUCCCGAAGCCGACAUCAAGAUCUCCAAGCGCGACGACGAGAUUAUCUGGCUCCGCGAGCUCCUUGCUGUGCGUCACUCGGAUCUACAGGACAUUAUUGGUGCUCUUUCCAGUGACGACUACGACCAGGAUGCAGUCCGCGACGCCGCUAUCAGGCUCAAGGCCAACCUCCAGAUGGAGGAGCAGGAGCGUGAGCGCGCGAUGAACGGCGGGUCGGCUAUCAACCUGCCCAACAUCGCUGUUACGAUCAGAGAGGCGGCCACGCCGCGGGUUGCGCAGGCUGUUGGUCCUCUGGCUGCCGCCUGGGGCAACUGGAGGAAGGGCAAGGACCUGCCGGCUUUCGGUAGUUUGAGCAGUGUUUUGUCCGCGUCUCCUGCACAGAGCCGCAAUGUCACACCAUCGAAGCCAGCCUCUGGCUUCCUUGGCAGUACCACGACGCCCCCGACAUCUGGAUCCGCUGGUUUGCGCAAAGCUUCCAACGCUUCCGUAUCCACGGUCAGGAGCACAGCCUCAGCCCAACAGCCUCAGCCAACCGCUUUCUCAGCCACCGGUCGCAGAUUCACUCCCCAGGAACUUUCCAACAGGGCGUUACGCCAGAAUCAGCACCACCACCAGCAGCAGAGGUCGAGAGGGCCGUCCACGGCGUCUAUGCACAUCCAGCAGCAGGUGGCUGAGGAGGAUGAGGCAAGUGACAGGGAGCUUAGGGGGGCUUCUAUUUUGCCUUCACCUGAACCCUCUAUGCUUUCGUUUGCUCAAGCUCAAGCUCAACAGCAUCGGAGAAAUAUCUCUUCACCUAUGAUGGCUCCUCCCAUGACGAGGUCCGGCGGCAUGUACGAUAGCGACGCGUCGCCGGUGGAGGAUUUUGAUGAUGAUGGGUUUUUUGAGGAUGAUUGA